UAAACAGCCUGAAGAAUGAGCGGGUGCCGAGCUGCGUCCUGCGUGUUGGUGCGGUGAUUCCUCUUUUACGCGCGUCUUCACGGUGCGUAAAAACCGAUUCAGCGGGAAAAAACUAAAGAAUAGAGAAAGAGGCGUUUUUGAAUUUUCACAAAGAGCUUCUUCUUUUGCUUCUUUGGCUGAAUACGCGCCAGUAAUAGGACACGAUUCUAUUUUUAACAACAGUCAACUCGCCAAAACGAUGGACCCUCUGUUCAACGGCACCGACCCGGACCCCGUUAACGAGACCAACGUGUACGGUAACGGCAGCGACGGCUUCAACCAGUUCAUCCAGCCGGUGUGGCAGAUCACACUGUGGGCUGUGGCUUACUGCAGCAUCGUGGCGGUGUCCGUGGUCGGUAACGUGGUGGUCAUUUGGAUUAUUCUCGCGCAUAAACGCAUGAGGACCGUCACCAACUACUUCCUGGUGAACUUGGCCUUCGCUGAGGCUGGCAUGGCUGCGUUCAACACGGUGAUCAACUUCGCCUACUCAGUCCACAACGAGUGGUACUUCGGACUGGUUUACUGCCGCUUCCACAACUUCUUCCCCAUCGCCGCCAUCUUUGCCAGCAUUUACUCCAUGACAGCCAUCGCUCUGGACAGGUACAUGGCGAUCAUCCAUCCCCUGCAGCAGAGGCUGACCUCAACAGAGACCCGCGUGGUGAUCGCUGUGAUCUGGAUGCUGGCUCUGAUUCUCGCCUUCCCUCAGUACUACUUCUCGUCCACCGCCCUGCUGCCCGGACGCACGGUCUGCUACAUAGACUGGCCCGAGUACGCCACGCUGGACAUCAGGAAGAUAUACUACGUGUGUGUGACACUGCUGAUCUACUUUGUGCCACUUUGCAUCAUGGGAUGUGCGUACACGACCGUGGGCGUGACCCUGUGGGCGAGUGCGAUCCCCGGGGACUCGUCUGAACGCUACAAAGAACAGCUUAUCGCCAAACGGAAGGUGGUGAAGAUGAUGAUAGUGGUGGUGUGUACUUUCGCUGUCUGCUGGCUGCCUUAUCACAUCUACUUCCUGCUGCACCAGUUCUUCCCUGAUUGGUUCGAGCAGCGCUACAUCCAGCAGGUGUACCUCGCCGUCAUGUGGCUGGCCAUGAGCUCCACCAUGUACAACCCCGUCAUCUACUACUGCCUCAACAGCAGGUUCCGAGCCGGUUUCCAGCAGGUGUUUUGUUGUUGUUGCGCUCCGACCGUCGCCAAGGAGGAGCUGGAGCUGAAGUCACCGCGCUACCUGCAGACCCAGGUGAGUAUAUUUCGAGCCAGCCGGAUGGAGACGGUCGUUUCCACGUCCGUCCCUCCUGCGGCGUCAGAGCAGACGAGGAGCGAGCUGCCAUCCUACACAUAUCACAGCGAGGCUCAUGUCGCGUCCAACGGCUCCGGCUCAGAGGCGUUCACCAAGAGCCUCAACGGUUCCAGUCCUCAGUAGAGCAGACUCAGUCGGGGUUGUGUGUUUAUCUGACGGGUCGGGGCUGAACGCUCCCCGUCACCCUGCAGGAGGAGGUCGGGUUCGGACGCUCUGAGAAACACUGUUGACCUGAUGAAGGCUUUUCUUCAGCUCUGAUUUGUUGGUCUGAUCAGUCAGCAGAGAUCAUGCCUGGAUCAUCACUGGGCGGAGAACAUUACAGCUGUGGUACAUUUACUCAAAGUAUUUGUUCUUUGUUGGAUAUAUCUCGUUGUUUUAAAGUCUUUCUAUGUGAUUUUUCACACUUAAAUAUAGAACUCAAAUAUCUCCUCUGAAAAUAACUCUGUGAGUCAUGACUGUCUACAAUGGGUGUAACACCCGAGUCCCACUGUCUGUGAUGUUUUCAGAGUUUUCAGAGUCCUAUCUUCACUUUGUUUACAUCGCCGGGACGGCCGGCUGACUCCUCCCCUCGCGUAUAAAAGUUGUUUAAUUGAGGGACUAGAGAAAAGAAGAAUAACAUACUGUACUCACUGCUUAACUGUGUUUCUAGAUCACGCUCAUUUCAGGUAAAUUUACAUGCAGUGAGAAGAUCGCUAGCA